CGACGUGUGAUGCUUCUAACGGCCACACUGCCACUCGUUCCACGUGUAAGGCGACCAAUGGUCGUACCACCUAUCUUUCCACGUGUGAGGCGUCUAAUGGCCAUACUGCCACUCGUUCGACGUGUGAUGCUUCUAACGGCCACACUGCCACUCGUUCCACGUGUAAGGCGACCAAUGGUCGUACCACCUAUCUUUCCACGUUUGAGGCGUCUAGUGGCAAUACCGCCACUCUACCCACGCUUGAGCCGCCUAAAAGCUCCGCUUCCGAUCCCCUUACCAAUGCAUCACCAAAUCUCAACCGCUCGAGACUCCCUGGAAGUCGUACAGGUAAAAGCUUAAUCUCAACCAUUCACGACGCCUCCGCCAAUAGCGCACACAGGCGUAGAGGACCUUCCGACGUCCAAAAGGACACAAUCUCUCCUCAUCGACCACACACGAAUCAAAUCUAUGCUCCGUCUAAGCCCGAGUCGCCUCGCGCUGAACUCUCCUUUCUCACCCACGAGCUCACUCAAGUCAAGACGUUCGCCUUGGAACCAGCUGCUGUGCAUCUUCGGAACUGCCACGCACCUCAAACGGUUAACGCCGCUUCGUCUACGCUAGAGACCAGUGACGGGCAAACGUCCACCGUCUCCAGAAAUGCGGAGUCUUCACAUAAUGUUCCUGCUCCCAAUACGCGCGAGGCGUCUCAGAGUGUGACCAGUGAAAUAUCAACGAGCGGGGAUGAGCCACCUCAUCACCAUUCACCGACCCGCCACAAUGAGGCGCCGCGGAAAAGAUCAGUGGCGACGUCUACUGGCGAUGACUUAAUUACUCGUCCAGGUACACAAUCUCCAGCUGCUUUGGAAACGUUAUUCGUUGGCGUGGAUACGAAACAUGGAAGCUACGACGCUUCCAAUUUUACCAAGUUAGUGUUUAAAAAAAAAAUGUUUUAAUUUAUUUAGUUGUUUAUACUGCAGUUCUUAAAAGAUAUGUGGGAUCCUGGGAUACAUUGUCCUUGACUACCCCAAGAGCUAGUCCUGCCCCCCCCCCCCCGGCCUACAGUGCCAGUUGCGUCACUAACUAUGUCCCUUACAAAUGCAGGUCUGGAUUAAUUCAAGCACAUCCAACAAAGAUUUAGUUGUUUAUACUGCAGUUCUUAAAAGAUAUGGGGGAUCCUGGGAAACAUUGGCCUUGACCACCCCAAGAGCUAGUCCCGCCCCCCCCCCCCCCGGCCUACAGUGCCAGUUGCGUCACUAACUAUGUCCCUUACAAAUGCAGGUCUGGAUUAAUUCAAGCACAUCCAACAAAGGGUCACGUGAUUAUAUUAUUGUUUUAAAAUUACUGCAUUUGAAAAGCGGACGUUGUUAUCCGGAGUCAUCUUAAGCAAAAAGUCCGAUUGGCUUGACCCUUGACCGCCCUAGACACAUUGUCAAUCUUGACAUUGCCAAUCUGGCCCUAGGGAUAAUUCAACCCUGAUCGAAUGUCAGUGGCAAUAAUUUUAUUCCACUGCUUUAUGCUUUAAGAGAGCGGUUCUCAACCUAUGGGUCGCGACCCUUACACAUGCAAGGGUCGCCGAAGACCAUCGUUAAACACAUACUUAUCAAGUAGCAACUAAAAUAAUGUUAUGGUUGGGUGGGGGGAGGGGUUUCACCACAACAUGAGGAACUGUAUUCAAGGGUCGUGGCGUUAGAAAGGUUGCUAAGCGCUGCUUUAACAUUAUUGUAAUUUUAAAAUUGAGCCGUAACUCUUUUCCCUUGACUUUUUUGUUGAACAUUUUUACAAAGCACUUCAUUAUUUUUAUAUUAUUUAUCAGUUUUAAUCCAGCGUAUACCAUUCCUCAACAAGAAAACUGGAGCAUACAGCCCCAAACAGUUGCUUGAUUAAACCUUUUUAUGAACUUAUACUUUUAGUGAUAAGAAAAUCGGAAAAUGUAUAUUAUGGUCAUCAAGGGCUCUAUUUUAAGUGUAACACUUUGUCUUCAACGUCAAAUACUUUGAAAUAAGUAAACGGACGACCCACCACAUCAUAUUGAAUUCUAUCAUCUCACUGGUCUGACCAGCUGACCGAAUUCGUCCAGUCGUACGGAGAUGCAGUUUAAAAUGACUUCGGAGAGAUCGAAAUCUGCUAUCCGCAACUCAGGCCCGUUCUUAGGCAUACGCUGACUACGCAUCCGCGUAGGGCCCCGAACGUGAGGGAGGCCUCCCGUGAGGCGCCCUCGCUAUAUAUGUCCAUAUAUCUCAGAAGUUCACAUUUUCUCUAGUGGCGGAAUUAUCAAUAUGGUUAGUGGUUACACACGAGCAAAGAGGAAACAUUGAUGAAGGCAGAAUGGAGGUGCCGCAGUGGUGGGUGGUGUUUUCUCCUCAGCUCGAGGGAGCUCCACCCCCGGACCAACCCCCUCCCCUUCCGGGGCCCCCAAUCUACGCUCCAUGCUUAGGGCCCCCAAACUCCUAAGAACGGCUCUGCACAACUGAACGCCGCGGUACAGAGAUUUUCGUGUCAACUUGUCCCGCAAGCAAACGCCCCACAAUUCCCGCAGCAUUCAAACAAAUGGUAGCCACAGUGGAGUAGUUAGGGGGGUGGGGUGCGGACCGGGUGACACCAUCUUAAAGGGUGACAUCAAUUUGAAAUUUUUGUGUGCAUAUUUGCAGAGCCCAAACUGCUCGGUUUAAACCGAAUUUCGUAAAAGGAUAACCGAGCACACCUAUAUUGUCCACACGUGUAACCAAUCCAGAUGCGUGCUAUAUUAAAAGUUCAAGGUUGAUGCAUCAGAAAUGAGUUGACACUAUAAUUAGGUCAGAAAAAACACCGCUUUGAUCAUGAUUCAACGUGGAUUGAAGUGUUCGGUAACUUUCGUAAGUGACAAGAAGCUAUUAUUUAUCUAAAUUCUGAGAAAUAAAUCUUUCCAUUGAUACCAAAUACGACGUGGUCGGGCGAUUCUAAGUACAUAUAGUUCUUAAAUACAUUAAUUAACUCCUGGCCCUCAAUUAAUCUGUUUAUUGUUAUUGUCAUUGCUAUACCGUGGACUUAUUUUAACAAGAAGAAAACCACCGUGGAUGUCAGGGGGGGGGGUCAGUGACAUGAUGAGUUUACCGCACCGGGUGACACCGACCCUAGCUAAGCCACUGGUUAGCCCCUGAGGAUGGGGGGGGUCAGUGACAUGAUGAGUUUACCGCACCGGGUGACACCGACCCUAGCUAAGCCACUGGUUAGCCCCUGAGGAUAGGGGAGAGGGGUCAGUGACAUGAUGAGUUUACCGCACCGGGUGACACCGACCCUAGCUAAGCCACUGGUUAGCCCCUGAGGAUAUCAGAUUUAACGCUAGUUUGACUAUACCCUUUUAUUAAAAGUUUCUGUCUAAAAUGAUGGCAUCUGAAGCUCCACGUUCGCCAACAGGCUCUCCACCAGCUGCUCCGACCCAUCUCUGUACGAAAGGAUCCAGGUCAUGGAAAGCUUCCCUGGACACAAGAGGAAAGACUCCGUGUCCCUGAUCCGGAAACGAUCGUCCAACCCGACCUGCGGCACGCGGAGAAAGGUAUCUGCCACCUCAAAUCCCCUGCAGAGACUCAACGGUCGAUUUUAUGGGUGA